UGUGUAAAGUUUUAUUCCGCUAUCAUCAUUGGUUCCUAAUGUAUAUAUUAUACAGAGAAGGCAUCAGAUGGAAUUCAAAAUAGCGUUAUAUGGGAAGAAGGCGUGGUUGAGAACCGAUUUCGCCCAUAUUUAGUAUAUGUCAUCAGGGUGUUAAAAAAAUAUUAUAUACCGAAUUUCAUUGAAAUCGGUCGAGUAGUUCCUGAGUUAUGGUUUUUGGUCCAUAAGUGGGCGACGCCACGCCCAUUUUUAAUUUUUAAAAAAAGAAUGGGUGAAACUUCCUUCUGCCAUUUCUUCCGUAAAAUUUUGUGUUUCUGACGUUUUUGGUUAGUCGGUUAACGCACUUUUAGUGAUUUUCAACAUAACCUUUGUAUGGGAGGUGGGCGUGGUUAUUAUCCGAUUUCUUCCAUUUUUGAAAAGUAUAUGGAAAUGCCUGAAGGAAACGAUUCUGUAGAGUUUGGUUGACAUAGCUAUAGUAGUUUCCGAGAUAUGUACAAAAAACUUAGUAGGGGGCGGGGCCACGCCCACUUUUCCAAAAAAAUUACUUCCAAAUAUGCUCCUCCCUAAUGCGAUCCUAUGUGCCAAAUUUCACUUUAAUAUCUUUAUUUAUGGCUUAGUUAUGACACUUUAUAGGUUUUCGGUUUCCGUCAUUUUGUGGGCGUGGCAGUGGGCCGAUUUUGCCCAUCUUCGAACCUGACCUUCUUAUGGAGCUAAGAAAUACGUGUACCAAGUUUCAUCAUGAUAUCUCAAUUUUUACUCAAGUUACAGCUUGCACGGACGGACGGACGGACGGACAGACGGACGGACGGACGGACGGACAGACGGACGGACGGACAGACAGACAUCCGGAUUUCAACUCUACUCGUUACCCUGAUCACUUUGGUAUAUAUAACCCUAUAUCUGACUCUUUUAGUUUUAGGACUUACAAACAACCGUUAUGUGAACAAAACUAUAAUACUCUCUUUAGCAACUUUGUUGCGAGAGUAUAAAAAUGCCACAACGUUCACCAUUCGCCAUACAAGAGCUGCUCGGGUUGAGCAAUUCAGCCGCAGCAGCAGCCGCUGUGGCCGCAGCCGUCGCUAAAACACACGAACCCAGCCAAAGCGGCAGCGCGCUGAAGGACCACGACACGUCGUCUACGAAAACAAAAGAAAUUACUGUAACAGCGUCAGCUGACAGCACACCGCCACCCACGGCAAUAACGACGCGUACGCCAUCGCCCAAUCAGCCAGCGUUGGCUGCCAAUAGCAACAGCAGUGGCAGCGCUAGCAGUGCAACCACUUCAUUAAAUACGACCGCAACUGCGGGCGCCAGUGCGCCCGCACUGUCGGCGUCCGCGGUCAGCACGGCUGCAAAUGGCAGUAUUGCAGCCGGGCCGUUUAGUGUUGCCGCCGAUCAGCAACAACAACAACAACAACAGCAUGCUGCACAACAACACCAACAGCAACAACAUCACCACCAGAUGACAAUGGCUGCCGCUGCUGCCUCACGCAUGGCCUACUUCAAUGCACAUGCCGCUGUGGCAGCUGCAUUUUUGCCACACAAUCUAAGUAGUGGCGGUGCUGCGGCAGCCCAGCAUACUACCAAUUUGCAUGCAUUGCAGCAACAUCACAAUCAUCAUCAUCAUCACCACCAGUUGCAACUGCAGUCACAUCAUACACACGGGCAUGCGCCGCAUCAUUUGUUGCAUGCACAGGGUUUUCCACAAAUUAAAAGCUUCGGCAUACCCGGCGGCUGUUUGGCAGGUCCCCUGUCUAGCAAGGAUUUCACGCUUGAUGGCAUAAAUGGUUUUGGUGGCAAGAAAAAGAAGAAGAAACGUCGACAUAGUCGUACGAUUUUCACUUCUUAUCAAUUGGAAAAACUCGAAGAGGCCUUCAAAGAAGCACACUAUCCCGAUGUGUAUGCACGAGAAAUGUUAUCGCUAAAAACCGAGUUACCUGAGGAUCGGAUACAGGUUUGGUUUCAAAACCGCCGCGCCAAAUGGCGCAAAACGGAAAAAUGUUGGGGACGCAGCACAAUCAUGGCCGAGUACGGCUUGUAUGGAGCAAUGGUGCGCCAUUCGUUGCCACUGCCGGAGACCAUCAUCAAAUCGGCUAAGGAGAACGACUCAGUGGCACCGUGGCUACUAGGUAUGGAGACGGAAAGCAUGCAUCGCAAAUCGAUAGAAGCCCAGCAGACAUUCAAAGACGACUCCGGCCUUAGCGAUCACGAAGACUCGGCUGGUUCGAAAUCCAAUGACGAAGCGCACCGCCUCAGCUCCUCCACCGAGUCGUUGAAUGUGGUUAGUCCGGGACCGACGCACGAGCGCACGCACAUAUCCUCAAAUGCGACCACACCCACAGCUACCACAGCUUCAUCAUCAUCGCCGCACAUCGAUUUGAGCAGUCCCUCACCGCCGACAUCGCAUACGUCAACCGCAUCGCUGGCAUUACAGCUGUCGCCACUGCAACAACAUCAGCGUCAUUUGUUCCAGCAAGCGCUAGUGCCGCCAACCGCACAACCCUCUUACCAUCCGCUCAUGGAUGCGGCCAAUGCCAGCGCGGGUGCGGCGACAAGCAAAGAUUUCCACAUGAUCAUGAAUACGGCUGUGGCAGCGGCAGCGGCGGCCGCUGCGGCAAGUAAUGCUGCCACUACUGCUGGUGGUAGUGGUACAGGCGGCGCUGUAAGCGGCAUACAUCAUCAUGGAAAUGGCGCAGCGGCUGCGUACACAACGCUCGAUCAUGAUCCGGAUACAUUUCGCAACAACUCCAUCGCCUGUCUGCGCGCCAAGGCGCAGGAACACCAAGCACGUCUACUCAAUAGUGGUCUCUUCUUGCAGGUGCGUUCCUUCGCCGGUUUUCAAGCCAACAGCCAUGCGUCGGGCAUCAGCAAUGCCGCCAGCAGUCGCGCUGCUAAUAACAACAAAAGCAAUAACAGCAAUGAAUUCAUAAAAAUUGCAGACGACGUGGGUGUAGGUCAAAUCUCACCUGUGAAUUUUGGUGGCAUUGGUAAUGGCGAUGGCAGCGCGCAAAACAACAACAAUAUUGAAUUCUGCUUGCCGAUUGCAAGUGCUUUGCAACAACAGCAGCAGCACCAGCAACAAUUGAAGUUGGAGCGCAUGUCCUGUGAUCUGUAGCAUUAAAAUGCAAUUAGCAUGCAUCAAAACAUCAAGCCAAAAACAACAAAAAUAUUAACGAAUUUAUUUAUAAAUUAAACUUAACAAAUUUAUUAAUUGAACAAAAAAUUUUAAGCUCAUGUAUAUUUAAGUAAGAAUAUAUACAUAAAUUUAGGGAUUAACAAUUUAAGUCAAUGUAAAAAUUCUGAAAAUAUUUUUUAAAAUUACUUUUAUCAUGGUUAAUUUCUUUCUUUAUAUGCAUAAACAAGCUCGUACAUGUCUAAAAAUCAUUUUAAUUACAAUACUUUAAAAAUAUAUUUAAAAAAAUAAAAUUUUUAUAAAUAAUAAAUAUUUCAUAUAUUGUGCAUUU